AUGAAUGAACCAAUUUUUGAUCUGAUUAUCUACCACCAUGGGUCACUGACUGGCCACCGGAUGGCGUAUGUUGGAGGAGAUAUUUUUACAGUACCCGAUUUGGAUGCAGACCGGUUCAACAUUUGGCACUUGAAAAGUGUAUUGGAAACAUACUUAGACUAUCCAUACAACAAUUUUCCUAAUUUGUUUUACAAGUAUGAUGAAGAGAGCAAUGAGCAAAUACAUGGUCUUCUGUCAGAUAAUGAUUUCAAGACUAUGCUGAAAGGGCUUUUAAGUGGCAAAAGCUUCUUGGCAGCAUGUAGACCUAUGAUAUGUGUGGACGCUUGUUUCUUGAAGGGGAAAUGGGGUGGUCAAUUGCAUGCAGCCAUUGCCCGGGAUGGUAAUGAUGAUAUUUACCCUAUUGCAUAUGCGGUAUGUGAGACGGAGAACAAAGAUACAUGGACAUGGUUCUUGCGAAAUCUGUUGGAAGAUGUUGGUUAUCUGCAUGAACUACCUUUGUCAUUUAUGUCAGAUCGACAGAAGGGACUCUUCAAUGCUUUGGAGGAUCUAAUGCCUGGUAUCGAGCAUCGAUUUUGUGUCCGGCACUUGCAUGCGAAUUUUAAGGGCAAGGGAUUCAAAUGGAAGGAAUUCAAAGACGCAUUGUGGGGUGCAGCUAGGGCACCGAAUGAAAUUCAGUUCAAGCACUACCUAUCCGUGAUCAGAGGUAUGCAUGGUGAAGCAGGUGAUUACAUUGAUAAAAUUGACCCAAAAUUGUGGGCAAGGCAUGCAUUCCGAACCACCAGCUGUAGUGAUAUUUUGUUAAAUAACAUCGCCGAGAGCUUCAAUGCAUGGAUACUUGAAGCAAGAGACCAACCAAUACUGACUUGUUUUGAGACAAUAAGGCGGCAAAUUAUGAAUCGGUUCAAUCAGAAAAGGGGUGGAGCAGUAACUGCAACAAAUGUUAUUUGUCCUAAGAUUAUGAAAAAAAUUGGAGAGAAACAAGUCAGAUGCAAGGAACUAUAUAUGUCAUUGGAGCAACAAACUGUAGUUUGAGGUCGACAGUGCCCACGAGGCUCGCAGAGUGGUAGAUCUUGAGCAACGUACAUGUGGUUGUGGGAGGUGGCAGCUAAAUGGAAUUCCAUGCCCACAUGCAAUUGCUGCCAUAUACCUAAAUCAUCAUAAACCCGAGCAAUAUGUCAGUAAAUGGUACCUUAUGGAUACAUUCAGACAAACCUAUGCUUGUGGGGUUAAUCCUAUGCCUGGACCAGAUGACUGGCCGGCUGACCGUGAUGUGGAUCCCAUAGAUCCACCUGAGCCAAGGAAACAACGCGGGAGGCCCAAAAAACAAAGAAAAAGAGAACCUUAUGAGAAAAAACCAGAUGAGAGCAUUAAAAUAUGUCGCAAAGGAUACAAUGUGCAAUGUGGAAACUGUGGUCAAAAAGGCCACAAUGCUAGAGGUUGCAGCGAACCAGAACAUGCCAAUAGGAAGAAGUAUCCGAAAAAGGUUAAGAAGCCUAAGACAGAUGUUGGAGGGCCAUCAGGGACAGUGUCACCUCCUAGGACAACUAAAUCUACAAAUACGGUUGGUCAACAACCGGAUGACAUCCCACAAACCGAAAGCCAACCGAUAAGACGGAGACAAAGGCGAGUCUCUUCGGUAUACCGG